AUGUUCAAGAACGCGGGCAGAAUAUGCUCUUCGGCCAGCGUGACCACUGCGUGGGAUGACGUGGUCUCUGUGCGCCUGCGUCUGCCUGCCUCGUGCGACCUGUCCGCUCUGCUCACCCACCUCAUCGCCCACCUGGGCUGCCACCCGGCCAUCACUCCCGCACUCAACUCGUCCCUGCCUGGGAGUGCAGUGCAGAAGAGGGCAUCGACAGUGGAUGAUGCGGGGGACAUGGUGGGAGCAGGCGGCAUGGCCGUGUAUGCAUGGGACAGCCCUGUGGCUCGCCAGAUGGUGCUCAUGCCCCUGCUCCCCCACGCACACCUUCCAGCACAAGCACACGCGGGCACAGACACCAAGAAGGAAUCUGUGCAGGGUGAAAGGGAGACAGGGAUUCAGGUGGAAUCGCAGGUGGAUCCUCAGGUGGAUUCAACAGAGCCGGUGGUGGUGGCCGGUGGGGGCGCUGUGAAGGUGCUGCUGUUUGAGCCGCUUGUGGGACUUGGCACUCCGGAAAUCGAGUUUCUCAAGCCAGGCGCAUUCACACCCACAGAGCUAGACAUUAUAGUCAGCACGGUCCAAUCAGCAAUUGACAGCUCAUCACCCUUCAGGCCUCAGCAGCAGGCUGGGCCAGGUGGCAGCAGCAGCCGCAGCAGUAGUGGCGUUGGUAGUGCCGUUGGUAGUGGUCUUACCAACAGGAGUGGCUCACUGUUGCCGUCUCCUGACAGAUCUCCUGACAGGGUCCCUGACAGAAGCACAAGCGGCAAGAGCUACAGUAGCAGGGGUCCCAUUGGCAGUGGUGGUAACAGUGGUACUAGUUAUGGUGGGGGAGAUGGGCACACAGGCAUGUCCCAGGCGAUUGCUGAGAAGCUUCAGCGCAUGGGAGUGAUGGUGUAUGCUCCUGGGGGAGAGGAGGGAGAGGGUGGGAGGGGAGAAGGGGAGUGGGAGGAGGGGGAGGAAGAGGAGGGAGAGGGGGGGGAGGGGGGGGAGGAGGGCAAGGGGGAUGAGAGGAUGUGGAUGGAUUGGGGCAAUCUGGUUGGAUAUGAGGAGCAGAAACGUGAGAUAGAGGACACUGUGCUGCUGGCUUUGCUCCGCCCUGACGUCUAUGACAGCAUUGCCAGGGCCACACGCACCCACUUUGAGUCCAACGCCCGCGCGCCGUACUGUUUGACGGGCCGCCAGGUUGCCUGUGGUGCUACUAGCAGCAUUGCCAGGCCCACACGCACCCACUUUGAGUCCAACCGCCCGCGCGCCGUGCUGUUCGACGGGCCACCAGAGCGUGCCCCUGGUAGCGUGCCCCUGGUGUACGUGCCUCUUGAGUCUGUAGCAUCCAAGUACUAUGGUGAGAGUGAGCGCCAGCUGUCGACCGUGUUUGCGCUGGCCAAUCAGCUGCACCCAGGUGGCGCCAUCGUGUUCCUCGAUGAGGUGGGUGAGUUUUGGGGGGGGGGUGUUGAGUGGGGGAAGGGCAGAAGAGGAGAGAAAAGGUGGCUGGUAAGAAAGUUUGGCUAA